CUUUUUUGGCCUUAAUUCACAUCCUAGAUUGGUCACCCCACUUCAGGGGCUAUAUCUCCUGCCACUUUCCACCCAAAACAAUUCCAGUAUACUCGGGAUAACAAUGUUCUAAGCCUAGAACAGAGAAAAUUUUAUGAAGAAAAUGGGUUUCUUAUCAUUAAAAAUUUGGUAUCUGAUGCGGACAUCACACGCUUUCGGAACGAGUUUGAAAGAAUCUGCAGAAAUGAGGUGAAACCCACUGGAUUAAGAAUAAUGAGAGAUGUGACCAUUGCAAAAUCAGAAUAUACUCUAAAUGAAAAAGUGGUUACCAAGAUCCAGGAUUUCCAGGAAGAUGAAGAACUCUUCAGAUACUGCACUCUCCCUGAGAUUCUGAAAUAUGUAGAGUGCUUCACUGGACCCAACAUUAUGGCCAUGCAUACAAUGCUGAUAAACAAACCUCCAGAUACCGGCAAGAAGACAUCCCGUCAUCCUCUGCACCAGGAUUUGCACUAUUUCCCGUUCAGGCCCAGCAAUGACAUUGUUUGUGCUUGGACGGCCAUGGAGCACGUCGAUCGGAACAAUGGCUGUCUGGUGGUGCUCCCAGGCACACACAAAGGCACCCUGAAGCUGCACGACUAUCCCCAGUGGGAGAAAGGAGUUAACAUGCUGUACCACGGGAUCCAGGACUAUGACGAAAACAGCGAACGAAUACACCUCGUGAUGGAGAAGGGAGACACCGUUUUCUUUCAUCCUUUGCUCAUCCACGGAUCGGGUCGGAACCAAACUCAAGGAUUCCGGAAGGCAAUUUCCUGCCAUUUUGCCGAUGCCAACUGUCACUACAUCGACGUGAAGGGCACCAGUCAAGAAAAAAUUGAGAAGGAAGUGAUAACGAUAAUGAAGAAAUUUCAAGAAACGAAAGGUUGGACCAUGAAGGACGUCUGGCGAUUUCGAGCACGAUUGGUGAAAGGAGAACGGAUCAACCUGUGAAGCAGCCCUUUGCUAAAACUCUUUUGGUUUUAAAGAAAACAAGAAUGAAAGUAUUUUCAUUCUUGAGGAAAGUAUUUUCUUAAUGAGAUGACAUAAUCUUUUCUGUCACUUGUGAACAAAAUCAGAAUGCACGGAUCAGGUACUAGUGGCACGUGGGGCAGCGGUGUCGCCUUCUUGAAUGAAUAGUAAGACAAUGAAAACGAAAUGUUACUGUGCGAAGGAAAGCGAUCUAGGGUUACAACGAAAUAAAGGUGAUUGCUGUAUGA